ACCGCUUGGUAGAAAAUUGUUGAUACCCUGCAUAAGUAAUGAAAGUCAUCCAGAAUCUUUUAGCUGGUUUUACAGUACAAACAAUGCAUGUCAGCGCCGCACCCAGCUUUUUCAUGAGGAUAAAAGUGGCCGACAUCGCCUUUCCAAAGAUUUAUGGCAUAGAAAGAGUGUUUCAAGGAAUCGUUCACUGGUAAUCAGCCCUUUUACAGAGAAGGAUCAAGGAAUAUACUCAUGUGAAUUGUAUAAAAAUGACAAGAUGACAUAUGGAUUGUCCACUUCAGUUGUUCUUGAAAAAGAAUCUCACAUGCCAGUAAUAACCACUGUGCCAGGCAGUGGCUUUAUGCAUGAAGUAACAAAGAAUGUGAUUACCAGCACAUAUUACGCACUUGACUCCGCUCUGAACAACACCACCAACAAAAGCAUAGUUAACGUUACCUGUCUGACACUGACGUGUGAUGGAGGCCCCACCAGUCUCAGUGCUGCCCAUUACGGGGGGCACAAUCAACAUGAUGGAGUACCUGCUGCAAGGCAGCGUCUUGGACCAGGCCCUCGAAAGCCUAUUGCACCGCCUCCGGGGCCUUUGUGACAACAUGGAACCCGAGACGUUCGCCGACCAUGAGCUGGUCUACCUCCUGAAGGGCCAGCAGGGCAACCCGUUCCUGCUACGUGCCCGCCGCUCCCUCUCCCACCCAACAGUUCCCUGGCACCUGCGCUACCUGGGCCAGCCGGAGGUGGGUGACAAGUCCCGCCACGCGCUGGUUCGCAACUGUGUGGAUGUGGCCACCUCGCACAGCCUGCCCGACUUCCUCAACGAAAUGGGCUUCCGCAUGGACCACGAGUUCGUAGCCAAGGGACACAUUUUCCGUAGAGGCGUGCUCAAAGUGGUGGUGAGUAAACUGUCACGCAUCCUGGUCCCUGGGAAUACAGAGAACACUGAGCCGCUGUCACUCUCCUACCUGGUGGAGCUCAGUGUGUUGGCCCCCGCAGGCCAGGAUACCAUGUCGGAGGACAUGCGCAGCUUCGCUGAGCAGCUCAAGCCCCUGGUUCACCUGGAGAAGAUUGACCCCAAGAGACACAUGUAAGAAGGGGUGUGUUAAGAUGAGCCUCUGUUGGCAGUCAUGGACAAAGUGGAGUUUUUAUUAAAAUGUAUUUUUUGGGACUUAAUUUUGUAUGAUUCCUAUAAGAAAGUGCUUUCCCACAGUCCUUUGUCUCUGUGAAGGAACUCUAUAUCUCACAAUCUUGAUGUGUAUCUCGUACAUUUGGAGAAGGACCAUCUGCCAUUAGGAUGUUAGUAGUGUUUGAAAAGGACUUCACAAGAGGAUUGACACAGCCAACAUGGACGAUGUGACAUGAGGCUUUGAAUGAGUCAAUAAAUAACAAUAUCUAUUCAGUGCUGAACAAUGGUUUUGUGUGAUGGUGAUAGUGCUUUGUACUGUGUUGGGUAUGUUUCCAGAAAUGCACAGCUAUAGUGUUUAUUAAACAUGAUUUUUCUCAACU